AUGGUUGCCGAGAAGCUGGAUGGACCAGACGAGUUUGCUACCUUGUGCGACUGUCUCUUCAGGACAAGCGUGCGCAGGCGAGAUACCUUCCUGGCCGCGCUUCACCGGCGCCGAUUCGAGGCUGUGCGGCGAGCACAUCCUUAUCCAGUACAUUCCAGGCUGGCUGAUGUUUUCAGAAUCGCCGAGCUGGCAACAGCGGUAUCGUCUUUUUUGUGCCUUGCUGGCACUUGCCGCCUUCGUGAACUGUCAAACUCAUCUCGUGAUGCCUCCAGGGCAGCCGUUUUCGGUCACUCAGACUCGCAGGCGGUCUUCGUAUCAGGCUGCAACCAGAACCUGACUAUGGAAAAGAUUGCGCACUUCGACCCUACUCGCCACAGGUGGAGCACGCUUUAUGUUCCGAAGUCAUUGUCGAUUGGUUCUCGCUCUUUCUGCAUGCCAACCUUGCUGGGGCACGAUGGCUAUCUGUAUGUAUGUGGGGCACGGAGCGACGACCACGCGAUGUGCAUCCAACGUUUCGAUGCAUUGAAAUCUUCCUGGACCACCCUGCCUUCGGCGCCAACGCCUCGCCGUGGCUUUAACAACUGGCCUGCCAUCGCCUGCAUGGAGGGCCACAUCUAUGUCUGUGGUGGCAGUAGUGAUGACGAAAACUUUUUGAGCGGAGUCGAUUGCUUCGACCCGCUGACCUUCAAGUGGGAAUCUUUGGGAGCGAUGGGCACGCCACGGGCAGGCGCUGCUGCCGCGGCUCUAAACGGUCACCUCUAUGUCUGUGGUGGCGAGACAGGCACCUCGGGAAUCAACGACUUCUCAGCUCUUGACACGGCCGAGCGUUUCGCACGAGUGAGCGGCUGGGAAAGUUUGCCUCCGAUGUCCGAGCCACGAGGCGGGGAUGCAAAUGGCGAUCCCAACAUCGCUGCCUGUGUCCUCGGCGACUUCCUCUACGUGCGUGGGGGGCACGAAGUCGACAGUAUGGAACGCUUUAAUCCAUCUGCUCAUUGCUGGGAGAGCCUACCGCCAAUGAGGACACCGAGGUAUUAUGCUGCCAUGGUGGCCUUCAACAGCCGAGUUUAUGUAUGCGGUGGGAAAGACGACUAUGACGCCGAGGACUUGGACUCCGUCGAGGCUUUCAAUCCAGCUCUCGGAUGUUGGGAAGCUGUACCCUCGAUGAACAUCCCAAGAGCGAAUGCUGGCGCAGUGGCUUCUGAAGGUUAUAUCUAUAUGUGUGGAGGUCGGAUAUACUCCGACAGUGGCCCUUCGAGGUGUUUGUCCUCACUGGAGCGCUAUUGCUUGUCUAGGUGUGGCUGGGAAGCUUUGCCAGCGAUACCUGCUGAGGGGGUUGAGCCUCACUCCAUUCUGCUCGUCUAG